CUCGCUCACUCUACAGCCACACAAUCUGGAUCAAGCGUUCAAGAUGCAGCAGCAGGGAAAGAUGUCUUCUGAUUCCCUGUCAGAUACGCGGUGUCCGCUGAGACACCGGAUGGCACGUGGUCAUUCCUAUGAAGAGCGAAGUGUGUGGAACCCAAAGUACUGUGUGGUUGCUGACUGUCAGAUGCUGCUUCUGAAUGAAGAGGAGGUGCAGAGGCGCUCUGCGUCAUCCAGGGGACAUCUCCUGCGUCGCACCAUCAGCGUCCCGGUGGAAACACAGUUUCCAGAAUUCCACAGCCAGCUGUCCACCGAGAGCGGUACAUGUGUGGACAGUUGUGUCACUGAAAUCUGUCGAAAUCAGUCCAAAUGAGACGCCACUACCAGCUUUCCAACCGAUGCUGUGCCGGUGUGGAGCCAGCUGUGCUAUGGUGCUUUUGGAUGACAAGCUCCGACUCCAUGAUUGCUGCACAUGCUUUAUGCUCAAGUUUUUUUAGUUUUGUGAUCCCCCCCCCCUCCCCAUUUAUCUGUUUUAGUUUUGGGAAAGAUUUAGAGAUGUGUAUUUAGUAUUUACAACGACAUCACAGUUACAAGAUUCUGUGUAAGGGAUGAGACCUCAAGAGACUGUUGCAUAUGUAUUUUUGAGACUUCCCUUCUCGAAGGUGAACUGGUUUUAUUUUUAUUUAUUUUUUUACACUUAUUACUGAAAUACAUGUUUUAAAACAAACUUUUAAAAGAAAUUUUUGCAGAUUGCACUCACAUGCUGGUGCACCCUGUUUAGUAAACCUGGCUCUUAGACUUUAAGGCUUGGUUCAUUUGGAGUGGAAUUUGCAGCUUUCACCAACCAUCACCAUCAGAGGGAGCCAUUUAGCUCAUUUUAACAUCUAACUCUACUUUUCCAGACUAAGUCAGUUUUACAAGGGUGGGCUGCAGAUGAGAGCAGAUGA